AUGGGAGGCACGACGGGCCACGUAGCAAUGGGUCUGGCAUACUCGAUCAUCGGCCUCUGGCACCUCUUCAACUCCAUCAAGCUCCAUGCACUCCACCCAAAAUCCUUCCUAACCCGGCCGUGGUUCCCCGUCCCGCGCCUCAGGCACCUCGAGCCCUUCACAAUCAUACUCGUCACCACAAUCUUCUCGUCUAUGGAGCUAUCCAUCGGCCGGGGCCCCCUAACAUCCACCAAGAAACUCCCCCACACGGAACACGUCAUCAUCGCCCUCUCGUUCUUCGUCUACGCCUCGUUUGCCAUCGUCUUGGACCGGGCCCACGGCCGCCCGUCGUCCCCAACCGAUAACGGGCUGGUUCACUUCCUCCAGGCCCUCUCCUUUGGGCUUCAGCUGCUCGUCCUGCACCUCCACUCCACCGAUCACGCGGGGCUCGAGGGACACUACCACUGGCUGCUACAGCUCGUCACCUUCGCGUCCUUGGCCGGGACGCUGCUCGCCAUCGCCUGGCCCGGGAGCUUCGUGAACUCGUUCGUUCGGGCUUUCAGCGUGGUCUUUCAGGGGGUGUGGCUGAUGGUGACGGGAGUCUUGCUGUGGAGCCCCGGGAUGCUUCCAGAAGGAUGUUUCUUGAAGGCCCAGCCGGGGCGGGUGGCGGUGUUGUGUCACGGGGAUCGGGCCCUGGAUCGGGCCAAGGCGCUGGUCAACAUUCAGUUCGGGCUGUGCUUGAUUUUGUGGGCGGUGCUUGCGGUGUCGUUUUAUGUGGGGAUGGUGAAGUACUGUUAUCGUCGGGAAGGGGUCGUUGAGUAUGACUUUUUGGGUAAGGUUGAGGAGACGACAGAUGAGGGAGAUUUGGGGGAUAAACAGAGAUGCAAAUCAAGAAAUAAUUCUCUUUCUUUACCUGCAGCAGCAGCAGUGUGA